ACAGUUAAACAGAAUGGAAAUUCUCUUUGAUAAGAAGAACAACUUAGGACCAUAACACUUUAACUGGAUCAGAUGCAAGUGGACAUUUUUUGGAGUAUACUUCCACUUCAAAAUUACAAAUUCGAACAAAGUUAAGUGAAUUUACCCGGGAUAACAAAUGUAUGAUAUUUUUGUGGAACAAAGAGUUUACUUCUUGGAAAGAAGGUCAAGAGUCUAAAGUCGUUCCUUGAGGAGCACGGCCUUCUAAUCAAAGGUAUUUUCAUAUAUUACUUACAUGACUGUAGGCCUGGAUCAUGGGGAAUAGCAACACCAGACCAAAGAUUUGCCAAGUUGCACCGUCUCAUGAUCUAGCACUGGAAGAUGAGCCCUCACUGCUUCCAACCUCAAAGUGGAUGAUCACUACUGUUCAAGGCACAGAGACACAAGAGAAAGGGAUUCUGGGACAGAGGAAGUCCAACCAUCUGCCUCCUCUGACAGGAAGACAGGAAGUACCCCACAAUUUCCAUUUAGAGCCAGGAUCUCAGAGUGUCUGUGAUAAAACUGGUGUCAGUAUUAUAAAGUCUCACCCACCACAACCAGCGAAGGGAUGGCAACCAAUGGCUUCUGCCAUAGAGUUUGAAGUGAAUCCUGUCAAACAUACAUGCAUGGCAGAAUCUGAGGUCACGGAAUGGAAAGAUGGGCCUGUCCACCGCUAUUCUACUCCCAACCAGAGAGGGCACUGUGGAGCCAACAACACAGUACAGGGACACACGAAAGGUCUACUUUUGGCACAGACGAUGCUCAGUCACCAAGCAACCAAGAAGCGGUAUGCUCAGCAGAGGUGCUUCAGGGAGAAACGGGGGAGGCAGAAGAGGGUCUACACCUCUGAGGUGGAAGGAAAUGACAUGGAGGGAAGGCAAAGAGUCCGGCUUGUGUCCAGGCCGACACAAAGAAACAUCUUCUGGGAUGAGUCGGAGGGGCAGAUUCUGGAUGUAAGGGAAUUGCUGCAGCCAAGUCCACAAUUGAUAGACCCAAACUCAGGGGACAUGGUAAAAGACAAACCGCAAACAGAUCUUGGAUUUGUGCCUGAGGUUGAAGACUGGAAUUUUAGAGGUCCAGUGAUGAAAAGCUAUAGGAACUUCCAAUGCUCAACACAUCUAGACAGAGGUCUGACCGAAACUGGGCAAAGGUCUUGUGACUUACCUUGGCUUCAGGACUGGAGGGAAUUGGAUCAGAGACCUCAUACAUCUAAAAACAUACAAUCCCACAAUCAAGUUUGUGCGUAUGGACGUUACUCUGGGUUAUCCAUGAAAAGAUGUCAAGGGAUGAGAGACGAAUGGGAAAUUAAAAAUAAAUCAAACUCUGAAAAGCACAGUUAAAUGGGAUGCAUGCACAACAUGAAAAGUACAUUAAGGGUUAAGUGAACAGUUGUUUCUGACCUUUUUGAAGUUGACCAGUUGACUCUAUUCAUCAAUGAAUGGAAAUGAUUACAACUUGCAAUGGUAAGGUAGGGGGUAUGGUUCUGGUGUGUUUGUGUGAAUACCAUGCAGAAUUACAUGGGCUUACUUGGAAAGCUUUUUAUAAGGCAUGCACUCUCAGAAAAAGGUACAAAGCUGUCACUCCGGCACCUUUAUAUCUAAAAAGUGCAUACUGGUACCUGAAAGGUACAGUUCAUCCUACAUAUAUACAUAUUUGUCUCUGAAUGGUAAGACAUUUUAGGGGUACGGUCCCAGUGUCCUCACUUUUUAAACAAAAUACUUCCCUGCUCCACUGCAAAUAAUACCAAAUAAUAGAUCAAAUUAAAUGGUUAAUUAAAUGGACUUGGAUAACCUUGACCUGUAGUUAUUAUUGCAGAAACUGAAAAAUAUUAUUGCGGACUGCUCAGGCACUGCAAGGCUUCAGUCAUCAAAGCCCCUCUAGAGUUAAACAUUUAAUUUUUACCGUUUUGUAAUUCAUUCAGCUGAUCUCUGGGUCUAACACAAUCCAUCGAAUCUGAUUAGACCAUUAGCAUCACGCUAAAAACUAACCAAAGAGUUUCAAUAUUUUAUUAAAACUUGACUCUUCUGUGUUCUGUAGUUGAAUCGUGUACUAAGACAGACGGACAAAUAAAAGUUUCUGUUUUCUAGGCCGAAAUGGCUAGGAGCUAUACCCUCAUUCUGGCGUAAUAAUCAAGGACUUUGCUGCUGUAACAUGGCUGCAGGAAGCGCAAUGAUUUUACGCAGUUCUCGAAAAUAGUCCCCUUGGUAGCUUUCAAUAGCAGGGGACUAUUUUCGGACACUGCGUAAUUUCAUUGCGGUUUUAGUACACGAUGUAACAACAGAAGAGUUUAAAUUAAACUCUUUGGCUAUUUUUUUAGCACGAUGCUAAUGGUCUAACCAGAUUCAAUAGAUUGCGCUAAGCUAUGCUAA